CGGUGUGCGGAGCGGCAUUUCCACAUUCAAAAGCCGUCAAGAGACGCUUCUGAUGGGAGACACGGUUUUCCUGAGUCCGCAUUAAAGAGAUCAUUUGAUGAUGAAGUCGAGGAGGACACGCCAUACAUCUCUACAGCUUCUCCCGUCUCUCCCCCCAUAUCCUCCUCUUCCUGCAAUUAUUUCCUCCAUCACGACAAAGCCAGAGAAGGAAAGGGAGGAGGCGGCCAUUCGACUCCCUUUUCCUUCAACAACACCAUGACCCCUCCUCCCCACUCCCAGAUUCACAUGGGUUACAGUCCCAGCUCUGUGCUCAAAACUUGCAGUGUUCGGGGCAGUUUUUCCUUCAAUCGAGGUACCACAGCCUGGUCAGUCAUCCAGAACAACGGCUCUUCUGUGACCAGAGCCGCCUCGUUUCAAAGCAGGCCCAACCCCACCAUAUGCUCACAGGAGUCUAAACGGGCCAGUGACAAUGACGGCCUUCACAGCUCUGCAUUUAAUCUGGAGUAUUCUUGUGGGGGAGGGCCUGUCAACCGACCGCUGUUUUCUCAGUGCCCCCCAUCUCAAAGGGAGUCCCAUGGACCCCAGCAUCCCCAACAACAUCUUGAAUCAAAUAAAUUGAAGCUUUCCUUCCAUGGGACUGUUAUAAAGUCUGACCCACAAGGUGGUAUUCUGGAUGGUCAAGAGCAUCUGGACAAGAACUUUGGUUUAGUGUCAUUCCAAGAUUUCCAAAACCCAAAUGAUGGAGUUGGAUUAUUGGGAUCGCAGAGAGAUGUUAAUGGAAAAAAGUAUGUUGAUGAUAGUGCUAACUGGAAUGGUCAGCUGUGCAAUGCCAGUGCCCUUGGAGAAGAUAGUUUUAAAAAAGCUGGUCAACAUGUGACCCAGGUCCUUAAGUCUUCGCUGUCAAAGCCCAAAGAAAUUCCACGCCUCAACAAGUUCCCGUUGGAUUUAGACAAGUUAGUUAGCAGCAAGCCAACAGCUUCCCCAACCACUGAAUCAGAAUCCAUGAGCUUAAGCACCUCAGCAAGUCCACCACAAAGGCCCUGUAGCCUCCAGAACCGCCCUCAUGACUCCUCGACAGCAACCAGCCCAUCAGCCUCUCUCAGCAGUCUGGACAGUUCCUUUUACAGACAAAAUAGCUCCUUUAGGUGCCCUCUGUCACUAUCCUCCCAGUCUUCUCCAAAUUCACCCGUCCCAGAGAUGAGGGGCUCUACUGUACCCCUUUUUUCAUCGCAUAGCUUUCAGAUGGAUAUUCCGUCAGCCUUUCAGGCUGCCACCAGUCUGCAUAGUCCUUCAAGCCCUUCAGUCACCUCCAGCCUCGGAGUUACUGGAUCUUUGGAAGAUGAUGGAGAAGAAGAAACAGAUAGUGUAGACUUGAUCUUACAGAGGAUUGCUUCUUUUUCCUGGCCUGUCAUCACUGAUGGUGAGGUCAAAACACAGAAACCUGUCCAAAGCAAUGGGGAGUUACCUUCUCAAUUUUGGGGUUCCACUGGAAGCAAACAUACGGUUACUUACCCAUGGAAGGAGGGAAAAGCUAACUGUAGAGGAAUCAACCAAGAGGCCAUUUCCUCCACAGAACAGGAAGUGCAUGACAGUUGGAGACAGCCCUCACAUAGACUUCCUGCUCUGUGGUGCAUAUGUGCAGACAGCUGCACCUUCUCCUUAGGAACGACUGCAGAGUGCGAGACAGACCCGUUCACCUCAAUGGAGGACAGAGGGGAGAGGGAUGCUGGCAUCAUGACAGAAAACACCAAAGAGGAGAGCAAAGUAGAGGAGACCCUGCAGCCUGCUGCAGCCGAGACAGCGGACCGCCUGGAGGCUGAUGCAGAGACAGAGAAGAACCAACGGCAAGAGGACACGGAGCAGAUGGAAGCGGACUUGAAGGUGCAGCUCUGUGAGUCUCUCACUGACCUGCAGACAGGCUUCAUCCAGGGCGCCGACCUGUUCGGCUAUGUGGGCAUCGAGUCUGUCCUGGACCAGAUGAGGCGCAAGACCAUAAAGGCUGGUUUUGAGUUCAACAUCAUGGUGGUUGGUCAGAGUGGUCUGGGAAAGUCGACGCUGGUCAACACUUUGUUCAAGUCCAAAGUCAGCCGAAAGUCCUGCACAGCCAACUAUGAAGAGAAGAUCUCCAAAACAGUCCGGCUGCAUGCCGUCAGUCACGUGAUCGAAGAAAAGGGCGUGAAGAUGAAGCUGACUGUGAUUGACACUCCAGGAUUUGGAGACCAGAUCAACAACCAGAACUGCUGGGAGCCCAUAGAGAAGUAUGUGAAUGAGCAGUAUGAGAAGUACCUGAGAGAGGAGCUGAACGUCAACCGCAAGAGGAGGAUACCAGACAGCAGAGUCCACUGCUGCAUCUACUUCCUCCCUGCUAGCGGGCACAGGUUGCGCCCCAUCGAUGUGGAAUUCAUGCAGCGGCUGGGUAAGAUUGUGAGCAUCGUUCCAGUCAUCGCCAAAGCAGACACCCUGACUGUGGAGGAGCGGCAGGAGUUCAAAGAGAGGAUCAGAGAGGAUCUGGAAGCCAACAGCAUCCGCGUUUACCCCCAGAGAGAGCUUGAUGAGGAUCCAGAGGACCGCCUCCUCAAUGACCGAAUCAGGGACAGCAUCCCCUUCGCUGUGGUGGGGACUGACAAAGAGCACCAGGUGAACGGACACAAGGUGCUUGGUCGGAAGACAAAGUGGGGGAUCAUUGAAGUGGAAAAUGUGGCGCACUGUGAGUUUGCCAACCUGAGGGAUUUGCUCAUCAGGUCUCACCUGCAGGACCUGAAGGAUGUGGCUCACAACGUGCACUACGAGACGUACAGAGUGCGCCGACUGAACGAGAGUAACAUGAACCUCAGUGACCUGGUUCUGUCCAGCUGGCCUCUCCAGAACCAAACGGAUAAAUGUGAAACUGAAAGCCAACUCUGAUCUUUUUCUACCAUGACCCCGCCCUGAGGCUUCUGAAGUUCUGCUCGCACAGACCAGAUCAAACCGAGACAUGACCAUCUCUUCCAGUAUGGGAGCAGUUAGUGGAUCCAUCAUUCCUCAAGGUUUAGUGGUGUUUACUCAUAGAUCUAUGAUAUGAUAGAAUGGGAGGUGGACAACCCCCAGGUUCUACAUGACACAUUUUCUUAUGCCAAAAAAAUAGUAGGCUAAUUCUAAAGGCUGUGUGAACAAAUGUGUGGAAAUGUCUCUUAUGGAGUUUGCUGUCAUCCCUGCUAGCACAGUUUUUAUUUUCAAAAUCUAUCAAACAGGUGAGAAAAAACAGAUUCAUGUUCAGCCACAACCAGCUUAGCAUUACCUCUAUACAUGUCACUUCAUAAAUGCUAUUCUCUGUAUUUUACUGAUGGCAGAAAAUGUCACUGCAAGGAUUUUACUUUGGAAGUUUGGACUUUUCUAUUCUUUGUUCCGUUUAACUGCCAGUCGUUCCUUUCUCUAGUCAGACUGCAGGUCUACACAGACACUGUGGGUGGACUGAGAAUGUUUGGAUUGUGACCCGGUUUCAGACUUCUAACUCAAUAUUAAAGUGCCAAGACAAAGAGAAAUCAUUGUAUUCUCACAUUUGUUUCAUCAGUAUUGUUUUGGAAAAUUGCUUAAAGUCCUCCUCUGAUAAAAUCCUGUUUUUAGAGUUUCUAA